AUGGCACCCACUUCGGCGCCCAUGCCAGCAACGACGACACGGAGAUGCUACCUCCUGAAACUCCCUGCAGAGCUGCGUCUGGAGGUCUACGAGUACCUCAUCCAACCGCUCGGUUUCGACAUCGUUUCCGAUAUUGACAACAAGACGCCCACCAUGAGCGACUCAGAUGCAGCUGCAACGCGCUUCGAGGCACAACCCAUCGGCAACAAACUCUACCCACAGAUUCUCCGCACGUGUAAGAGCAUCUAUGAUGAAGCUCACCCUCUCUUCCAUCGCGUCGAGUAUCCGAGAUUGAAACCAGCGAGCGGUGGCCCCGGAGCCUCUGCUCGCACAAAGCGUCAGAAAGGCUUCUUGAAUCUUAGCUUGCUUCACCGAUGGACCUGGGUCACACGAAUCGAGUUAUACUUGGUCAUCGCGCCCUAUUCGGCCCAGGAGGAUCUGGCCCACAGCUUGCUCCUCGCCGCAAAUAUGGUCCCGUCGCGCCCCCAAACUCUCGCGAUUUCUGUGGACCACUUUCUACAUAACGAAAAGUUCGGCUUCGCAGCAUUGAUGGACAUGAUCGAGGUCUGGUCAACGAGGUUGCAACCAUUAAAUGGGUGCAAAUUCGAGCUCAUGCCAAACAACCAUCCGAUUUCGCAGCACAGUUGGGGCAUUGGCGACAACAACAAGCAGUGGCAUGAUGAAGAUUCUGGAGAGCAGAAGUCCCUAAAGGUCACUGAUCUUGAUGCUCGAGAUGCCGCAAGCUACCGCGCCAUACGCGACUCUAUGCAAAAGGCAUGGACCAUGCCUAUGUUGUCAGAGUGA